CUGUUUCCUCACGCGGUACUAUCUUACAAACCGGAUCAGUAUUUCACUCUGGCGGAUUUGAAUGUGCAAGCGGCCACUCCAGCUGAUGAUUCGGUUAAAAGUCUCCCAGAUACGCCAACGAUAACCGUACUCGAUGUCUACGAUAUCGCCGCAUCAAUCGGAAAGGAAUUCGAGGCGAUCAUCGAUCGGUAUGGUCCGGACUCGGUGGCGACUCUGAUGCCCAAAGUCAUCAGUGUGCUCGAAGAAUUGGAAGAUUUCGCUCAGCGAUUUGAUUCGGAGGGACGCGAAUUAGUCGCUUUGCAACUGGCCGUCCAACGCUUGGAAUUGGAGAAACUCGAUCGCGUUCAGGAUCAAAGCAGGAGUGAAAAGGUUCGGUUUUUAUUCUUUCUGUAUGGGUCUAUGCUUUUACACAUCCCCAAAUAUUGUAGAGCCGUUCUUAGUUCAAGUGCUAGAUUAAAAAUUUGUAUUUGA